AUGGUGCUUCACAACCUGCCGUAUACUCACACAGUGACAGACCAACCUAGUCAUCUGCCAAAAAUGCAGAUGCAAGCAGCAGAUGCAGUUAGCCACCUCGACCAUAUGUGCGCCCUCGACAUUGACUCGAAGGCUUCAUAUGUUCGUCUCUCUGGCAUCAUUUGUACGAUUGGGCCAGCGUCUCGUGAUCCUGCUGUGCUGGAAAAGAUGAUGGAAACGGGUAUGAACGUAGCGAGAUUGAAUUUCUCGCACGGCAGUCAUGAGUACCAUGCAGAGACGAUAAAGAACAUUCGUGAAGCUGCAGCCAAUUACAGCAAGAAAUUGGGUAUGGAAUAUCCACUGGCAAUUGCCCUUGACACAAAAGGGCCAGAGAUUCGAACAGGGCUGCUUGAGGGGGGCGGCUCAGCUGAGGUGGAGUUGGUGAAGGGCCAGUCCAUAAAGCUGACGACAGACAAGGCUUACAGCAGUUAUAAGCAGUGA